UGCUUGUCGGUGCGCUGAUGUGCUUUGCGCGCUUUCUUGAACAAACACGAAGAUCUCACGGAACAACAGAACAACAAAAUCGAAUCAUCACGAAUCGCACGUACCGGCUUGCUGUUACAAAACAAAAUCAUUAAAAAUCUAGUUUUUGUUAGGCUUUUUUUAGUUGAUACAAAACCGGCUAUCAUUAAAAAAUGUAUUGGAACCCGAACCACGCUGACGACGAGGAAGAUUCCCAGGAGUUCGUGUUCGGUGGCCGCGAAGGUCUUUUGGCGCUAAUCGAUUGCGCCGACUACAUGUUUGACCAAAGGGAUGAUGGCUCUACAAACUUCAAGGAAUCGUUGGCGCUGAUUGAAGCUAUCUUGCGGAACAAGAUCAUAAGCAGCGAAAAAGAUUUGGUUGGUGUUAUCUUUUAUAACACGGAACACAGUCCGGCUCCUCCAGAUGAAAUAGAGUUGGAGACCGGACUGGUGGUUCCGAAGAAAACGGCUAUCUAUAUGCCACUGUCGAAUCCAUCGGCUGACUCUAUUCGUAAGAUUAUGAACUUCAGGGAAUCGGAUGACCUGUUCGACUUUGAUCGCAAGUUUGGACAUUCGCAAGAUAGCAACCUCUCGGAUGUUCUCUGGCUGUGCUCACGAUUGUUCACACGAUGCGGCUACAAAUUGGAGCAAUCUAGCAUUGUGCUGUUUACAUCAAACGAUGAACCACAUCCUGCCGGAAGCUACGAGUAUCAGCAGAGUUUCGUUAAGGCAAAGGAUCUUCAACAACUGGACGUGAACAUUGUUUUGAUUCCGAUGAGCGAGCAGUUCGACGGGUCCAAGUUUUAUCGGGAAUUCCUUUGUACGGUGGCCGAUGAAGAUCCCGAUCAAUUCCAGUUUCCUUGCUAUCAGGAAUCACGCGAGCCAUUGUUGACAAGGAUUUUUAGGCGCGAUUUUAAGAAAAAGUCCCUUUCACACAUAAAAUGGCAGCUGUCCGAUGAUGUUUCGUUAGGCGUCAACAUCUAUUCUCUAUCAAGAAAAACUAAAUAUCCUGCAAAGGUCAAACUACUGAGAGACACGAACGACGUUAUAGUGUCCAAGCGAUCCUACCAAAUGGUAUGCCCCGAUGACAAUCAAACCGAACAACUCAGCAAACCGCUUCUUCCAGGAGAUCAAAGGAAAACGCUCUCGAUCGGUGGCGAGAAAGUCAGUUUUUCGGUCGAUGAGGUUACCAAUAUGAAGCAGAUGUUGCAGCCGGGCAUUCGUUUGCUUGGAUUCAAACCGAUCACGAAGGUGUCGCCUGCGAACCAUCUGCGGAGUUCCCUCUUUCUGUAUCCCGAUGAAGGGACAAUUUCAGGUUCUACCGUGCUGUUUCGUACUCUGUACGAGAAGUGCCUCAUUAAGCAAAAAGCGGCGUUCUGUAUGCUCACCAUGAGGCGGAAGCAACCAUCAAAACUGGUUGCGCUGAUCCCUCAAGAAUGCUGCUUCAAUGAGGAUGGAGAACCAUACCGGCAUAAUGGGUUCCGGAUUGAAUUCAUUCCAUAUGCAGCUGAUAUGAGGAAACUUGAUGUGUUUGAAAAAUCCGCACCAGAAAUCAGUCAAGAGCAGAUAGAUGUGUUCAAGUCAGUUGCCAAGAAAAUCAAGUUCAAAUACCAUCCGUCGCAGUUCGAAAAUCCAGUUCUAAUGACAACGUACACCAACAUUGAAGCACUGCUGUUCGAUAGGCACGAUUUGGAAGUGUAUGAUUCUACGAAGCCAGAUGACGAUCGCAUCGAUAGCAAAGUUGGGCCAUUUGUGGACAGAAUUGCUGAUUUGUUUGGAGAGGAUGUUACGGAGGCCCCUAAAAGGCGAGGUAAGGCAGUAGACGGUGAAGGACCUAGUUCCAAGGCGCCGAAGUUAACUGCAGAUGUUGAUCCCGUGGCCAUAAUUGAAGCGAUACAGUCGGGAAAGACUGGUUCGGUUCUCGUUGGGACUCUUCGAGCGUACUUGCAACAACAGGGUGUCGAUGGAAUUUCGAAAUUGAAUAAGGCGGACCUUAUCAACAAGAUUAAGCAGCACCACAAACUGUGAAUUCGAUUUGUUGCACAAUUUAUUCUUCGAUUUGUUAUACCUAAAAUACACCAUUGUUCGUAUAUAUAUACUUCUA